UGCGUCGGCGAACAGUGAACUCAGAAAUUCAAUAACUAUACUAGUGUAUGAGGUCGAAAACGUAGUCUAUAUAAUAAAAGCGGACUUGUUAUACGUGCAUACUUCCGUGAUGUAGAAGCAUUUUAAUUGCUCCGAUUUCGUGAUUUGAUUACACGGUGGAUUAUUGCAGGUUUAUAGAGAAAACUACUCAUGGAUAAUGUGCGGGGUCGGUCGUGACUGUGAAAUAGUUUUACAAUGGAGACUGAGUCUGUGAGGUCGGAGAUAAGCAGCCGAUCUCGGCGGAGUUCGAGACACAGGCAGCACACGCAUCGCAGCACACGGUAUUUCCAAAUCCCACAAAAAAGACUGCAUGGACAACACAAUGGCACCAUUCCAAACCAGUGUGAACAUCAAUCCAGAAAUAGGGAGAGAUGGUCAAGAAGUCAUAGAGGUUCAGAUCCUGCCUCAAGAUGAGAAUUGGGGGGAGAACACCACAGCUGUAACGGGGAAUACAUCAGAAGGCUCACAGUCUAUGGAAGAUGUUAGCAAUUGGCCAAUGGAUUCAGACAGUGGGCUAGGUUUUGUUUGUUCGAGAUAUUUUGGUACCACGGUCGCUUUAGGAUUAUCAUUUGUUUCGUUUGUGAGCCCACUAGCAAUGGUAGUUUUGCCAAAGUUAGGUUUCUUCCCCGGCCUGUCAGAGAAUAAAGCCAUCCAGCCCAGUCAAAUCAUUCAAUUGCUUUCCUGCACUGCUGAGUGUAAAGGUAUAUUAUUAUCAUUAGCCUUCAAACUAGUUUUAUUAGCUAUUGGCAUAUGGGCUAUCUUUUUACGCCCGAGGAACGCCAUAUUGCCAAGAAUAUUCGUGUUCAGAGCGAUGAUGCUCGUGAUUUUAGCAGUCUGUACAUUUUCCUAUUGGCUCUUUUACUUCGUACAAAUAAAUGAGGCCACGAAAGCUUUAUCCGUCGGGGAGGAGGCGAUGGACUAUACCUCUCUAGUUUCCUACGUGUCCAGUUUUGGAGAUACGUUGAUCUUCAUACACUACGCCGCGGUCGUGCUGAUGGAGAUACGACAUCUCGAACCCGUCUAUUAUAUUAAAAUUGUGAGAAGUCCCGACGGAGAGAGCAGAUCGUACUCCAUCGGCCAGCUGAGCAUACAGAGGGCGGCCGUGUGGGUCCUGCAGAAGUACUACACGGAGUUUCCGAUAUACAACCCGUAUUUAGAGAAGAUUCCAAUUUCGAAGUCGCAGAGAAAGGCCCAGGCCAGCAUAAAGUUCUACGAGGUCGAUUCGACCACCAACACCCCUUCGGGGCAGACCAGGUCGACGGGCGGCUCGUGCGCCGGCAGCGCGGGGCGGCGGCGCGACUCGGGCUCGGCGCACAACGAGCGCUACUACGAGGAGGCCGAGCGCGAGCGGCGCGUGCGCAAGCGCCGCGCGCGCCUGCAUUCCGCCGCCGAGGACGCCUUCGCGCACGUGCGCCGCGUGCGCCUCUCCGCCGCCAACGGCGGCGCGCUGGGCCCGCGCGAGGCGGCGCAGGCCGUGUUCCCGUCGCUGGCGCGCGCGCUGCAGAAGUACCUGCGCGCCACGCGCCAGCAGCCGCGACACUCCGCGGACUCCGUUCUGGCCCAUCUGGCUCGAUGUCUCUCUCAGGACGCUUCGCCCCGGGCCUUCCUGGAGCCUUUCCUCGUGGAGGGUCCCGUGCUAUCCGCGGAACAGGAAGCUAGACCGAUUCAACGCUGGUCUCUGAUAUCAGACGAGCUCCUCGCGAGACCCCUAGCUGACAACAUAGAAUUCCAACUCAGACAAGGUGACGUAUCGCUCAUAUGUUCUAUAAAACAACUGCCCAAGUUCAGUCUGGCCGAGGAGGUGGUGGAUCCGAAGAGUAACAGAUUUAUACUCCGGCUCAAUUCAGAGACCUCGGUCUGACAAGAGGAGUACUCCGUUCAGGAUGGACAUAGACUUGUAUGACAUAUGGAAUUUAUUUAGUUCUGAUUGUUAUCGAAGGUUCUGUUGCUUGAAAUUACAAUGUACGCUUUAUAAUAGCGCUGAUGUGUUCUGUAAGCCUUCCAGAGUAAAGACUUAAAUUUUAGACCGUUUUGCUAGUAAGUUAUUGACGAAAAAACUAUACAUUAUUAUCUAUACAAAUGUACCAUGUGUUCAUAUCGAAAGUAUGCGCUUUAUUGCUUCGAAGGUUAGAUUUUCUUGAGACCAUCACAACCUUUAUAAAAUUUGUCUAAGAAUUAAAAAUAAAAUUUUAGAAAAAAAUAUAGUUUAAAAAUAAAUUCGGCGAAAGAAUGUCAAUCUCAUAUUUUUUAUUUUAGAUAUUUAUUUGAAAUGGCAACACUUAAGCCGUUUAAGUGUUAAGUUAGUUGCCGUUAAAACUUAAUUGAAAGCAGUCGAUAGUCGAAGGAGAACUCGAAAUAUUUCAUACCGGUUCUCGAACUUUUAACCACAGACUGAAUAUAUAAAAUACUCGAAUCCAGUGAUCUAAACCAGUAUAUAAUAAUAUUUUCCAUAAUCUCAUCGUGCAAUUACGAAAUUAUAUGAAUCUCAUCUUAAUAACAUUUGAAUUUCGACGCCAUUUUGUUUUGUAUAAGACUUAAAAUGCAUUUAAUACAUUUUUACUGUUUACAGUUAUGUAUAUUUGUGUCAUAUUUAUCGUUUUAAGUAAUUAUUGUAAGAUUUAGUUAAGUAAAGGAACGUAAUGCACAAAUUUUAAUACAAACUGUAAAUGUAAGUAGGGAAUAGAUUUUGUUUUUGCCGAAAAAAUUAGUACCUUAAAUUUUUUUGUUUUUUUAUUUUUAAAUUAUCUAAUAUCAUAAGUGUGAUGUUACUUUAUUUAAGUUAAAUAAAACAAAUUGUCACAAACAAAACUACUGUUAUAUAAUAAAAAAAUAAAUCGUCAUAUCCGGCCAAGUAAAGUAUUAUUAUUUAGUAUUUAUAAUUGCACAUACGGAACCACGUUACGUGUAAAUUAUAAACUCUUGUAUAUUUUUUUUUGUCAAAAUCUAAAAGAUAUAACCGUAAUAAUAAAAUUCAAUGUAAAUUGUAUUUUGCCGCCAUUAUUAUUUUAAAUAUUUUCAUUCCGUUCAUUCGGACGUUCUUCGAUUGAUCGAGACAAUAUUUCAAUUUAGAUUUAAGAUAUCUGCCAAUUGAACAUUUACGAUAUUUGGAUCACGAAUGAAAUGAAUGGAAUGUUUUUUUUUUAAUUUAUAAUCUUUAAUAUUGAUUUUUUUUUUCUGCCUGACCUAUAAACUGGUGGGCGAGUCUUACACUGUGUGCUGUGUAUUUAAGCACUGGCAACUAGAUAAAUUAUAUAAUAUAAAUAAUUGUAUAGACAUAUAUAUCUUAGUUUUAAGACCAUAUCAUAGUUUAAAUUAAAUAUUUAUUCACGAGGCAAUGUUAAAAAUAUCCUAUCGGUACACGUCUAUUUUGUAGACAUUUUAAGGAUCAAAGAGGAAAACUGUGUUUAAUGUUAUUGGCGUUCUUGAAUAAAAUUGUAUCUGAAGUCAAGAAUUAUAUAAAACUUUAGGGUUACUGCAACAUAAUUAUAGUGUUGAUAAUUAUACCAAUUUUAAUAUCAAAUUAAAUGUUAAAUAACAACGUAUAGACGUCAAAACUGC